GCUUCCGUCAGGCAGGCUCAUCUGUUCCAUACUGUUUGGAAGAAUACUAACCGUUGUCAACUUUCAUUUUCUUCAAAAUGUCCAAACUCCAGUUGUUGAAUGUGCUCGUCACUGAACGACUAACAGCAGCUGCUGUGGAGAUAUUAGGGGCCGUGGAAAAAACGGUAGCAGAGUACCAGGAAGAAAUCUCCCGUUCUUAAGACGAGAACGAUCGCCUUCAAAGGCUGUUGGACAUGGUGACGCAACCAGAGAGAAGGUUACACCGAGCAGACCCUCCGCAUCUCUCUCCAUCUGUCUCUGAAGAGGAGGUUCCACCUGAGCAGCAGCACUGUGAGCAGGAGUGGAGUCCCCAUCAUGGGCAGGACGACCCAGAGCCCACACAGAUUAAAGAGGAACAGGAGGAUCUCAGGACCAGGCAGGAGGAAAAGCUGCUCCAAGAGCUGGAGUUUGAUACCAAAGACUCUAUAUUCGAUCCUCCCUGUGUAAAUAGUGACUUGGAUCAGGAGGACCCACCUCAGCCCUCACAGCUUGACCAAACCCAAACUGUGGACAGAGAGAGGGGUACUCUACCCACCAACACAACUGAAGAGAUCAAAACAGAACCUGAUGGAGAGGGCUACAGAGUACCAGAACCAACCAAUGACACUCAGGCUCUGUCAGUAAAUCCAGACUGUUCUGCAAAGGAGAAACCAUGUUGGUGUAAAGACUGUGGUAGAGGCUUCUACAAUAAUAUAGGCUUGACUAAUCAUAUGAGGAUACACAUGUGGGAAAAACAAUUUCACUGCAAAGACUGUGGCAAAUGUUACAAUAACAAAGGAAACUUAACCGGCCAUGCAAGAGCUCACAUAGGGGAUAAUUCUAAUUGGUGCAAAGAUUGUGCCAAAUGGUUUGGCAACAAAGGAAACUUGACCAUGCAUAUAAAAAGUACACACGGGCCUAGAGAGGAAAAUUCUUAUCAGUGCAAAGACUGUGGCAAAUGCUUCAACAAGAAGGCAAAAUUUACUAGACAUAAAAUACUACAUGCAGCGAAAAUUCAUCGGUGUAAAGACUGUGACAAAUGUUUAAGCACAAAGGUUUACUUAAUCAGACAUACAAAGCUACACUCAGGAGAAAAUCCUUAUCACUGUAAAGACUGGCCAAUGUUUCAAAGGUAAGGAAAACUCUUGACCCUCCAUACAAUAUAUCACACAGGGAAGAAAGCUCACCGUUGUAAAGAAUGUGGCAAGUGCUUCAACAAAAUGGGAAAUUUGACCAUCCACAUGAGAUCUCACACAGGGGAGAAAUCAUAUCAGUGCAAAGACUGUGACAAAUGUUUUCCUUAUAGGACAGGCUUGAUAAUGCAUACCAUGAUUCACAAAGGGGAGAAAUCAUUUUGAUGUAAUGCCUGUGGCAAAAGCUUCAGACAGACAGCAGCUCUGGGAAGACAUAUUAAAAGUUGUCACAGCAAGUAGAGAUAAUGUUUUAACUGUAAGAAUCACUUGACACUUGACUGACCAUACCUUAUCUCACACAGGGGAGAAAUUAUAUGGCUUCAUAGUCUGUGGAUAACGCUUGAAUCACAGUGGGCUCUUGACCAAGCAUAUGAUGUUAAAUACAGGAAUGUAAUUGUAUUGCUGUAAAAAAAUGUUUCAGUUGCUCAUUAGCUUUCAUGCUAUAAUAUGAGAUAUCAUACUGGGGAGACAUCCUAAAGGUAUCCUGUGUGAAAUAAAGGCCUUAUCACAAUGAGCCAUUUAAAAGAU